AUGGUUCUGCUAGACAAGCUUUGGGACGAUGUUGCAGCCGGCCCUGUACCUGAUCACGGGCUCGAUAAGCUGAGGAGGAUCUCCACCAGGCCCUUGACCAUCAAAGGAGAAGGAACACGCCAGUACCAGAGAUCCUUGUCGAUGCCGGUGAGCCCCGGGACACCGACUACACCGUCGCCAACAGCCGCGCGUAAAGACAACGUUUGGAGGAGUGUUUUCAACCCCGGUAGGAACCUUGCCACCAGGGGACUUGGUGCUGAUGUCUUUGACAAGCCAAAACCCAACUCUCCCACUGUUUAUGACUGGCUCUACAGUGGGGAGACUAGGAGCAAGCAUCGCUGA